AUGAAAAGCGUUAUUACACUCUUUGUGAUACUCACAUUGUUCUCAUUCGUGAGUGCUUAUGAAUCGGACGAAUAUGACGAUCUUUUCGACUUCGAAGAAGAAGCAGCCUCUAAUGUGGUUCAAGCUGUUGCCAAAGUCGGAGCUGGAGCCGUUGCAGGCCCAGUAGCAGCUGCAGUUGGAAAAGUCAACGGCAAAGUCGCUGGUGCUGUUGGAAAAAUUGGAGGGAAAGUUGGUAAAGUAGCCGGAAAAGUGGGGAAAAUAGGUGCAGGUAAAAUUGGCAAGGUUCUUGGUAAAAAAGGUCUUUUAAAAGGUGUUAAAAAAGGUCUUAAAAAGGGUGGAUUGAAAAAAAAGGUAAAAAUGGGUUCAAAAAAGGAAAGGGUUUGA